AACUCACCACCAGCACCACACUAAUUAGAAGUGAUAGUGAUAUGAAAACGUGUAACGUUGCAGGGAUCUGUAUGAAAACCGGUGUGUGCUCUCUGGUGUUAGUAUACUAGCAUCGAUCCCAUCGUUAACACGUUAUCAUUGUUAAGUUUUGGGAAGGAACAUCGAAGUGCUUAAUUACCUCGACAUCGAAAUGGGUUCCAACUUUGAAAACACCGUCAGCCACAGUGCCGUGUACCGUGUCAAUCCCGAUUGUACCUUCCUGCAGUUUGUUUCGCAGCAGAAAAAUGUCCUCGCCGGUUCGAUUGCCAGCAUCCCGACCGAGGAGGUCAAUUAUCAGAUUGAGUUGGCCCUAAAAUUCAUGCAAUUCUACAUGGAUCAGAGCACCGAUUCACUGCCUGAGGCAAAUGAUUCGAUCCAGCACGUUGUUAUCGACACUCGGAAAUCUGUGUUCGAAAUUCUGCUGGAUCUGCACUCGGCUAUGCGAGUAACGGGUCGAGGCUUCGAUCUGUACUUCAUUGGCGGUGAUUCAGGCAAAGAUGCUUUUGUAAAAAAGUUGCUGGAAUUUGGUAAUCUAAAAAGUGGAGAGCCUAAGCUGACUGUUCCGAGAUCAAGCAAUCCAUCGUUGGCCUAUACAACUAUGAUCGUUUAUGAUUCAAGUGAUCUGGAGUCUGCCACCGAUGUACUGAGCAAAGCAUGGGUUAACUCUCGAGUUCCAUGGGUAAUAAGAAAUGUUCUCGUACAGGAAACUGUUCAGGAAAAAUUCAUUCAGCUGCUGGAAUCUAAGCUGAAACCAUUCACGGAAAAUGUGGCUUUCGAAAAAGAAUUGAAGACAGCCGUUAAAAAAGCCUUCGCAACUGGAUUGAGACUGAUUCACGGCUCAACGGACUCUAAAUAUCUUAAACCAGUUGUCGUGUUCGGUUCGAGCAUUGAUUUCUUCCUGGAGAAGGAUUCUGUAGAACCCACCCCAAUCGUGGUACUGAACGUUUUCAGAACUGCGAAGGAAGCCAUUAGCCUAGCCAACAAGAGUAACGGCGGAUCAGUAAGUUUAUGGACCGAGGAAUUGUCACUUUCCCUAGAGACCGCCUAUGCUGUAGCCGCCCAAAGUGUUUGGGUCAAUUGCCAUGCUGUGUUCAAUCCAGCUUUACCAUAUUCUUUCCGUCAGCAUGACUACAGUUAUGGGUCCGAAUACGCCCUAUGCGAGAAAAUAGUCAAAUCAGUCUUCGUACCUUCAUCGGUGAACCCAGCCAACUCUUUCGAGGAUAAUAAGCGAGCUCUUAACGAUUUGGGAAAACCAACAUCCCAGUUUGGAAAUCAACUCCGUUCGUUUGUUACAAAUGAGAAAAAUGUACAUUAUGAGAUGAUCAGCAGCCCCUAUAAGAUUGAGAACUACAAUGCCGAAAAUCGACUACAGAUUGUGCCUGGCGGAUUGUACGGAAAGGUUACGGAAGAUUUUGUUCGUAAGGUUCUGCUGGAUUCCGUGUACUACCAGCGCAAAACGAUUGUAAUUCCUUUUGGCGUAAGCUUUGCCAAUUAAAUGUGAAAUGAUUAUCUUUGUUGGCUCAAAGUCUAUAAAGUUUAAAAAAAAACCUUUCGUGUCAUAAUUGCCAUUCCAAGAAUCUAUAAAAAUUGAAAUAUAAGCUUUUUAUGUAAAAAUGUAUUUUACUAUAAGGUACGCCGGGAUAAG